CACACUCGCACAACGCACCGCCGAAAUACUCGUCUGUUGCCCCGUCUGUUGCUCCGCCGUCUCCUGCUCCCUCGCAUCGCAUUGCACUCCCUUCGACGCGCAGCCCCCAUCGGCCUCCGACUCUCGGCGCAGCAGCAGCAGCGACACCAGCUCGAGCGACUCGCCACGACGCGCUCGACCUCGCUCGCACCAGCUUUCUUGCUCUGUCAAGAAAGCUACAUCCGACCCAGCGACCACUCUCAUGGCUUCCGCACCACCCGCAGCGAUGGCUUCGGCCUCGCAGACUCCUUCCGCCAGCAUCCCGAUCAUGCGCGACACCAGCGACAUCUCCGGCACCGCCUUCUUCGAGAAGCGUGCCAACGCGCUCCUGACUCCUCCGAGCUCCAUCAGUCCGGAGUUGGCAGCUCGCCCUGUCAACGCCGGCGCACUCUCUCCGCCACCGAUCAAUAUUGAGCACGAUACGGAUAUGCAGGACGAUGUGGGCAGCCUUCCCAGCGGCGGCAUGCCUUUGAGCCGGGGCGCGCUUUCCAGCCUCGACGGCGCCGUCGCCAUCACGCCUAGCAUGCUCGCCCAGCACCACCUCCCGGCAAUCCUGUUGAACCACGGACCGCGUCCCAUCCGUCAUGUCAUGGGCGAACUGAAUCACACUGUGCCUGGCUUCUCUCGCAUUCCUCCUGCCAAGGCCCGGCGCAUCGUGGUUGCCGCAUUGGAGAGCAGAGAUGGAGGUGGAGUGGACGGAAGUGUCACCUUCAGCAAGACGGGUUGGGGACGGUGGGAUGCGCAUAUCAAGGGCUCCUCGCGCGACUCCGGAAUCGGCUCCUUCAACGAAGGCAACCUCUCGCCUCCUCGCAGCGAGCACGGAAGCUACGCUGCGUCUCACAACGACUCUGCUGUCCAUGUUCCGGUCGGUCAUAUGCAAGCUAGACGCAGGGAACAAUUCUCAGGCGGCAGCUGGACUGCGUCCAGCAUUCAAGAGGAGAACGAAUUCGACAUGGACAUGGAUCCCAUUGAGGAGGCAGCGGAUAAGAUGUCCCUCGAUGGACUGUCCAGCGACUCCUCUGACACGAACGAUGGCGAAACCGACAACGAGGACUGGACGGCGCUCGGCCUCGAGACGAUGCGGAAGGCUUCAUUGCCCACUCCCAACGCCCCGAUCCAAAACUACCGCAAAGUCUCCGUUCCCUAUACUGGACGCUACGCUCGGACUGGCAUUCGAGGCCCACCACCAAUGAAUCCUGCCCGCAAGAUGCAUUCUUCUUCUGUUCCCCUUGGAAACGGCAUGCGCGCCAUGCGUACUGCUGUGCAGUCUCCGGCCGAGCGUGAUGCAGUCGCCGCCUUAAUGAGCAUGGGCAGCAUGUAAAGAUUGCUUAUCUGGAGUUUUUGGCGUUGUCACGGACCUCCUCCCCUCUCCCACUCUAUCUCACGAUCUCCUGUUUACGAACGACACUGGGCACCAGUCUUCCUGUUCAAGUGCUGACGGAAGAACCUGGAUUGACAUGGGUGGCGUUCUCCUCUCUCUCUCACCCUCACCUUCUCGGAAGAUACCCAUUUUUGCUUGCAUUGUUUCUUGGGAUACAGACCCACGGACGAUGACCCCGUUCCUACCGACGUCAAGCGCUGACGCCUCGGUUUCUGGCGACGACCACGCUCGUUUCCUGGCAUCUCUCUACCAUACCACAUGGACUGACGACCAACACACUCAACAGGCCAAGUGAGCCUUUCACGACCAGCAUUUACUUUCUACAUCAGUCAGUGUCCAGCGACGAAAGUCAAAGGGCCAUUGGCUACUCAUACACAUUCACAUUCACAUAUUAUGAACGAGCUUGAUCUAUUCUGGAGAAGCGAUGACAAUCUUGAGCUCGCGAAACGAUGCUAGAGCUCGAUGGAGUAACUCCGAUUGGUUUUGUUCAUUUGCGCAAUUGAGUCGCUGAAGAAGGAGGAGGCUAUAUUGGCGGACUUCAACACACGCUUGCAAUGCGUUCGAUUUUGAGAUAAAAGAAAGAGCGAGGCUCUCUGACUCCGGCGCUGCGGCCGGCAUGCGUCUCAUUCAUUUGAGCACGCGCGAGCUAUUAGUCGUAGCAGAGAUAGUUGGCCAUUUGUAGAUACAGUUGCAUUCGCGACUUCAAUUCAAUGGUCAUACGCGUC